AUGCAGGUUGAAGUACCGCAAGUUGACGACAGUUCUACUGGAGUUGUACAAAAAAUUAUUGCCAGGUAUGAAUACGAAGAAGAUGAAUUUCUUCGAGAAUUAGAGGAUAUGCAGGCACAAGUAUCAUCACAACGAUCGUCAGUGUGUGACGACGCACCGGUUUUAGGUGCUGUGGAAAUGCAUGGAUGCAAAUUCGGUGAACAUACAAGCACCAGUCAACCGCAACAACAACGGUACUCCAAUGUUGUUGCGAAUACAGCUGUAGAUUAA